AUUUUUGAAUAACCAAUUGUUCCUCGUUAAACAUGGAAGGUAAAUAGAUAGAUUUGCACUUCUUUUUUUUUUCUUUCUCGCUUAACACAUUUGAUUAUUCUGCCUUAGGCAGAUUGUUCUUUCUUGUUCUUCAUUCAGUGUCUUUUAACUUUUCGUGUUUUUCUCUUAAUGUUCGGGGGAUUCGUGGUCUAACCAAACGUAAAGCUUUAUUUUUAUUCUGCAGUUCCAAAAGAAGAGAUGUCUAUAUUUUUUACUAGAAACUCUACACAUUCUAGUGUUAAUGAUGUAUUAUGUUUGUCAGCUCAGUGGGUAGGUAACAUUUUAUUUUCACAUGGUUCUAUUCAUUCUGGUGGAGUUAUGAUUUUACUUAGUCAUAACAUUUAAUGGUAAUAUUCUUGAGUCACACUUUUCUUUAGAGGGAAGAUGGAUAAUAGGUGUUAUUCAGUCCGGGGAGAUUAUUAUUCUUUUAUGUAAUAUUUAUGGCUUUAACAGGCCUGAGCUGAACAGUAUUCUUUUCCAAAGUUUGUCCACGAAACUUUCAGCUUUAAAUCUGAAAUUUCUUUCAGCUGCAUUUAUUAUGGGAGGGGAUUUUAAUGAGGCCCCUGAUUUAUAUUUAGAUAGAUUUCCACCAAGGAUCAAUGUUAAUAAUCUUAAUAUAGUUAUAAGUUAUUUUUGUAGCAGCCUUUCUUUGCUGGAUGCUUACACACACAUCCAUGGAAGCAGCGUUUCAUCAUUUACAUGGUUCAAAUCAGACAUGUCACAGAAAUCUAGGAUAGACCUGUGGCUUGUGUCUGACUGGCUAGUUUCAUUUAUUAAUUCCUGUACUAUUUCUCCUGCCCCUUUAACUGAUCAUGCUUGUAUCGACCUUGAUAUAGCUGAGGUUUAUAGUUGUUUUCGAGACAGCCAGGAUACUGUAAACUAAAUACUUUUACUUCUUACAAUAUUCUUCAUAUUGCUUAGGUAUUAAGAAAAUUAUUGAAGUUUCUAAAACCAAAUCAGACUCUGCAAUCACAAAGUGGGAACUAUUUAAAUAUGAGUGUCAGAAUUUCUCUAUUCAGUUUGGUAAACAACUCUCUAAGGCAAAGGGAGUCAAGAAGCUCUGCGAUUGUAAAGGAGAUAAAUCAUAUUUUGCAUCUAUCCUCUCCUAGUGAACAGGAUAAGGAGAAGUUGUAUUCACUGAGGGAAGAUCUUAAUGUUCUUUAUGUGGAAUCAAGGGCAAAGUGGUUCGAAUUUGGAGAAAAUAAUUCUGCAUAUUUUUUUUUUAAUUUAGAAAAGAGAAGAGGAGACUCCAAAAGGAUUUCUACCCCUUACAUUGAUGGUUUUAGGUGAAUAUGGCAUGGCACAUUUCAGUGACUGGGGAAACAAAGGCAAAGAUUACUGUAUCUUCUUCAACUCCCAGUGGGCUCGACUACCUCAAGACCUCAGUAAAGCAGUGCGGCUGCAGAUCUAUGAUCUCACCACCUCUGUGCUGUGCUCCCCCUCGGAUGUACCUGAGGGUGGCUUCCCAAACAGUAUCCUAAUGGUGAUGAGAGGAAAUUGCACUUUCUAUGAGAAAGUAAGAUUGGCGCAGAUCAAUGGUGCUAAGGGACUUCUGAUCGUCAGCAAAGAUAGACUUACACCGCCCUCGGGCAACAAGUCCCAGUAUGAGGAGAUAAGCAUCCCAGUGGCUCUGCUCAGCUAUAAAGACAUGCUGGAUAUCAGGAAGAUAUUUGGGGAGGACAGGCAGGUGGCCAUGUAUGCGCCCAAUGAACCAGUGGUAGAUUACAACAUGGUGAUCAUCUUCCUGAUGGCAGUGGGCACAGUGGCUGUUGGAGGAUACUGGGCUGGCAGCAGGGACAUUAAAAAACGUUACAUGAAGCACAAGAGAGAUGACAGUGCCGAGAAACAAGAUGAAGAGACGGUUGAUGUCACUCCAGUCAUGAUUUGUGUAUUUGUGGUCAUGUGCUGCACUAUGCUGGUGCUCUUGUAUUUCUUCUAUGAUCACUUGGUGUAUAUGUCCAUAGCGACAUUCUGUUUGGCAUCGGCCGUCGGUCUGUACAGCUGUCUUUGGCCUUUUGUACGAAGAAUACCCUUCGGGAAAUGCAGGAUACCCGAGAAUAACCUGCCGUACUGCCAUAAGCGGCCACAGGUGCGCAUGCUGCUCCUUUCAGCCAUCUGUAUAGGAGUUAGUGUCACCUGGGGAGUUUUCCGCAAUGAAGACCAGUGGGCGUGGGUGCUUCAGGAUGCAUUAGGCAUCGCAUUUUGCCUCUACAUGCUGAAAACAAUCAGACUGCCCACUUUCAAGGCCUGCACUCUGCUGCUGGUCGUCCUGUUUGUGUAUGAUGUGUUUUUUGUUUUUAUAACACCACUCUUAACUGAGAGUGGUGAAAGUAUCAUGGUAGAGGUGGCGACUGGACCCUCUAAUUCCUUUUCACAUGAGAAGCUUCCAAUGGUGCUAAAAGUUCCCCGGUUGAACUCUUCUCCUCUGGUCCUGUGUGACAGGCCCUUCUCUCUACUGGGCUUUGGAGAUAUCUUGGUACCAGGUCUGCUUGUAGCAUAUUGCCACAGAUUUGACAUUCUCAUGCAGACUUCUCGAAUAUACUUCCUGGCCUGCACUAUUGGCUAUGGCAUCGGCCUGCUCAUCACAUUUGUGGCUCUGGCUCUGAUGGAGAUGGGUCAGCCUGCCCUAUUAUACCUGGUGCCUUGCACGCUCCUCACCAGCCUUGCGGUGGCACUGUGGCGCAAGGAGCUGCCUUUGUUCUGGACAGGAAGUGGAUUUGUGCUUCCUCCUAUUGUGAUGGAACAAAUGAGCUGUACCCAAACUCCUGGAGAAUCCAUAGCUGAACCCCAAUCCAAUCCAGAACCACAGGACUCUGAAACGACCAAUCAGUGUGAGGACCCUCCUCCACUGGACCAAAAGGAAGUUUCGCAUCUUACAGAUGCGGCUACUAUUUAAAGACAAAAGACUCGAAGGAUGCUAAUUUCUUGUUCGUUUUUAAGUCAGUCAUAGCUGUACGAACAUCUCAGUGCACUUGCUUUACAAAGAGGGAAAGUGACACACAUUUUUAAAGCCUUUGAAAGUGGGCUGUCUGCUCGAACCGAAGCCAUGAAGAGAUGCACAAACACAACAUCGGGCUGUGUGUCAUCCAACAUUAGCCUACACCUCCAUGAUGGAUGCUAUUAAACGAAUAGUUCACCCAAACAAACAAAAAAAUCUGUUAUCAUUCACUCGAAACUCGUUUAACAGUUAUUCUUUUGUGGAACUCAAGGAGAUGUUAGGCAGAAUGUUAUCCUCAGUCAAAAGAUGAACAGAAAUGGAAUAAUAUGAGGGUGAGUGAAUUAUAACACAAUUUUCAUUUUUGGGUGAACUAUCCCUUUAAGAGCGCUUUAAAUGGACAGAUUUUAUCUUCGCAAGGAUAUCAUUUGUGUGUGUCUGUGUGCGUGUUAUUGUUUUCUCUCUUCUUUUUAAAUCAGUGUUAAAAAUCUCAGAAAUAAAACCUAGUGCAGCUAGACAUUUUUCAGAAAUGUCAACAUGUUUAAAGUCAGCUCACUAAAAAGCCCUAAUUAUUCAUUAAUGUUAAUAAUUGGCUACCAGUGUAUUUAAUUGAUGCAAAGGAACAUAAGAACUUAAGUGCAGAUAAUAUUUUAACAAGUGCAGUUUACAAUGAUGCUUUCCUGUCCAUCCAUUUUAUAGUAGGAAUUUUUGUAUUCAUGGUACUCAUCAAUGAUUUAAAGGGACAGCUAACACCAAAACUAAUAUUCUGUCAACACAAAAGAUUUUAAGCACAAUGUUAGCCACAGACACUUUUCACUUUUUAUUGCAUAAUUUUCCAUACAAUAAUGGUAAAUGGCGACGGAGACUAAACAUUCUGCCUAACAUUUCCUUUUGUGUUUCAUGGAAAAAAAGUCAAACGGGUUUGUAACGAUAUGAGGGUGAGUAAAUGAUGAAAGAAUUUCAUUUUUGGUUAAACUAUCCAUUCAAAGUCAUGUCUCCCUGUUGUCUUAUUUAUAUCUGGGUACAUGGUGCUUCGUUAUAUUGAGCCAUGUGGAAUAAUGUGGACAAGUUAAAUAUCAGGACAUUCUGACCAUGUAUGAACACUUCUGCAGUCUGGAUGUCAUGUUUGUUUUUUUGUUUCUAAUCUACAGAGAUAUGAAGCUCUGUUUGAUUAGAGAUCAACAUAUUCUAUUAAAGUGUUGCAGUGUGGUUUUGAAAACAUCUUAAAGAGUGCAGAUAUUAAAGGAAUAAUGCAUUGUGA